UCCGGAAAUACAAGAAGUUGACUCAGCCAAAGAGGGGUGAAAAAGGGAGCGUGCCCGAUCUCCCCUCUCCUUUCCGCUUCCGAAGACUAUCUGGGACUGUGGGACUGGAGAAAAGCAUACAAAGGAGACUUCUAGACAGGAUGCCAGAGGCGCCGCUCAUGCUAUCGGCCCUGAUCCGGACCAUACGAAGUGCACGGACCCAGGCGGAGGAGCGCGAACUGAUCCAAAGAGAAAGUGCCAAGAUCCGUGGCGCUUUUAGAAGCGAUGAAUCUGAAACCCGAGCUUCCAAUUUAGCUAAAUUACUCUAUAUCUACAUGUUGGGCUAUCCUGCCCAUUUUGGCCAGAUGGAGUGCCUGAAGCUCAUUGCCUCCCACCGAUUCCACGAGAAAAGGAUUGGCUAUCUCGGAGCCGCCCUCCUAUUGGACGAGAAGCAGGACACUCACCUUCUACUGACCAAUAGCAUCAAGAACGAUCUCUUGAACUCAAGCUCCUGGGUUCAGGGCUUGGCCCUCACCACCCUCGGGUCCCUGGGUUCAGCAGCCAUGCUUCGGGAUUUGGCCGGGGAAGUCGUCCAGCUGGCCAAAGGCGGACAGACCUCCGUACGGAGGAAGGCUGUGGUCUGUGCUGUGCAUAUUAUCCGGAAGGUGCCAGAACUCACAGAUGUGUUUAUUCCACUUGGGGAGAAGCUAUUGACUGACUCGAGUCAUGGCAUUUUACACGGCUGUAUCAUGUUAAUUGCAGAGAUGUGUGAACAAAGCCCUCAGGCCCUGGAACACUUCUGCAAGUGUGUGCCCCAGCUGGUAAGCAUGCUACGUAAUCUGGUGGUGGCUGGAUACUCCCCCGAUCACAGCAUCUCGGGAAUCAGCAAUCCUUUUCUGCAGGUGAAGAUCCUGCGGCUGCUAAGGAUUCUGGGGCAAGACAAUGAAGACACCAGUGAUGCCAUGAAUGACUCUUUGGCUCAGGUAGCCACCAACACGGAGACGGCACGGAAUGUGGGCAAUGCCAUCUUGUAUGAAGCAGUUCUGACGAUCAUGAGUAUACGGUCAACCAGUGGAUUGCGGGUUCUCGCCAUAAAUAUCCUCGGGCGAUUUCUCCUUAACAAGGAUCGGAAUAUCAGGUAUGUGGCUCUAACAUCUCUCCAGAAAUUGUUGCAAACGGAGAACAGUGCAGUCCAGAGACACCGAGACACAGUUCUAGCCUGCCUGAGUGAUCCUGACACAACCGUGAAGAGGCGUGCCCUGCAGCUUAGCCUAGCUCUGGUCAACCCUAACAAUGUCAAAACGACCAUUAAGGAACUUCUGGCCUUCCUCGAGGACUGCGCCACAGAGCUGAAGUCGGACUGCGUUUCCGGAAUAUUCCUGGCCGCCGAGAAAUUUGCGCCCAACAAGUGCUGGCACAUCGAUACCACCCUUCGAGUUCUCACCAUGGCUGGCGCCUACGUGCGUGACGACUGCGUGCCCAACCUCAUCCACCUCAUUGGAGGCGCCAAGGACCUUCAUAGCUAUGCAGUGGAGCAGCUGUACAACGCUCUGAGCCGAGACAUCUCUCAGCAACCUUUGGUUCAGGUGGCCACCUGGUGCAUCGGUGAAUACGGCCACUUCCUGUUGGAUGGCAGCCGCAAAGAGGCCGAAGCUCAACAGGUGGACCCCGAAGACCUUCUGAGCCUCUUGGAGCGGGUGCUUCAGUCUCAUUUCUCCCUGCCGGGAACCAGGGCUUAUGCACUCACCGCCCUCAUGAAGCUCGGGACCCACCUUGGGGGCAACUCCAUCAACCGCAUCCGGAGUUUGGUUUCCAUUUAUUGUAGCUGUCACGACAUUGAGCUUCAGCAGCGGGCCGUGGAGUACAACGCGCUUUUCCGGAAAUAUGACCACCUCAGAGCGUCUCUUCUGGAAAAGAUGCCCUUGGCAGACAAAUCGGGUAACAGCGAGGAAGGGAGUGAAAGAGAACAGAAUGGAAGAGAGGGGGUUACCCUGGAGGUGGCACCGUCCGGGGACACCAAAAAACCACCGGAAUCUUCCAACCAGGUCUUUGAUCUCUUAGACCUCCUUGGGGGACCCACGGAAUCCUCCCCAGUCCAGCCCAGCAACAGUGCUCCGAACGCUGGGGGAUCCUUCCUUGAUUUGCUUGGCAACCUAACACCCCCAGAAACGGCUUCGUCCUGCAUGACCGUCUAUGAACGGGAUGGGCUGCUUGUUGAAUUCUCGAUGGAACGCCCCCCGCUGGAACCCACCUUGCUGUUGAUCAGGGCCACGGUAUCCAACCGAACCCCCCAGGAUGUUCCUGGGUUUUCUCUGCAAGUGGCCGUUCCCAAGUCCUUCCAGGCGGACCUCUCGCCCCCCAGCAGCUCCAUCGUCCUCGGCCAAGGUGGCCCUCCGGUGACGCAGCUCAUCCGAGUGUUGAACCCCAAAAAGCUCCCGCUUCGGAUGAGAUUACGGCUCACCUACACUCUACCUUCCGGGGUUUCGGUACAGCAGAUCAAGGAAAUCAACUCUUUCCCGGAGGCUGCCUGGAAAUGAACAGCAAGGGAGUAGCUUACGGUGUUCUCCCAGCCCUUCCCCACCUCUGUGAUGUGCUCUGCCCCAUCAUCUCCACAUUCUUAAGGGCAAAAAAAUUAUACUUUCAGAACGGCAGGGCUGGAAGGGACCCUGUGCGAUCAUCCAGUCCAGCCCCAGUCCAGGAGGCACCGUGGGGGAAUCGAACUCCCAACCUCUGGCCCCUCAGCCAGAGACCUAAACCACUGAUGCUUGCAGCUCUCCGCCAGGCUGUGCCUUUCUCUCCUCGGGACGUCCCUCUUAAUUAGCACCUCUGCAAAGGAAAGAAGGCUGUAUGCAUCAGUGGGUGGAUCUUGGGAAGGAGAAGCUUGUUCAAAGCAGCCAUCAGAAAGAACAGGUAGAGAAGGCAGAGCAUUUCCAGAGAAAUGGAGCCGGGAGGGGUAGAAGAGCGGAAGAGAACAGGGGGAAUCCCGUGUUUCGUCAGCCGGUUUCCCUCCCUUCUCACUGCCAGCUGCUGGGAAAUCAAUUCAAUUGAUCAGCUAAGACGGGGAAAUGCCACAACAACUGAGCGGGACUAAAUGGAAAUCAAUGAAGAUAAAGAGUUGAAGGGGGGGGGUUGUUAGACAGAAAUCUCCAAUAAAAAAACAACCAAAGCACAACCUAUCCCUCUUCAUUGGCGGAUUCGGGUUUUGCUGCUUCUGACGGUCUUUGGCAGGGGACAAGAUGCUCACCUCUCUCCUCCCUGCUGCCUGAAAUAGACCUGCUCAGCAUCCCGCAGUUUACACACUUCUCUGCAUCCACCCUGCCGAGAACAGAGCCAGCGAUGGCCACUUUGAUUCUGGGAGCUACAGCGCUAAAGGGGACCAAGUUGGGGAACGUUCCUCCUUUGGGACGACAGCUUUUCUGCUUCUCCAGCCAGCUUGCAGUCUGAAAUACAGGGUUCGCUCAGUUCUUGCAAAGAGUCUCCACAAGCUUGUUCUGAACUUUCCACCUCCAAUUUCGGCUGCUCCAUGUUCUAUCCUUGUUGCACUCCUGCUUAUGAGCCACGGAUAAGCUCAGAUCUCUUUAUAUUCCUAUGACCUCGUCUUCAAAAGGUGCUUCAGCCGAGCAGCCGCAGUUCCAUCACAUGGUGGCAAUGAGUUCCAAAGAUCCGCAAUGGAAUCUGUGAGUCCUUUUGGCCAUUCUCUCCAACAUCUCUCAGAUUUCCUCCUUGUGGCUCUUCGCGUAUAACCCUGACGAGUGUGCAUAAACGUCUUCCACUGAUCCCUUGAUUUUCUCCUGUCACAUAGCAAAUGGGGUGUUUUGCUGCCAGCAAGCUCCACUCUCUGUUCUUCCAUGCUAUUGGCUAACCUGCUGUGAUGUCACACCAUGCUCACCAUGGGGGUCUAACUACAAAGGGGGGAAAGAGUCCAUUCUGAAACACUGGGAGGCAGUAAAA